GCGACCCGAGGAGCGCGCGCCAUGCAGGCUAGGGGGUACCCCGCCGCCGUGCCCGGCCCGGCCCGCGCCCCAGCCCAAGUGUCUGUUAUCCUCCCGGUCCAUGACGCUGAACCAUGGUUGGAUGAGUGCUUGGAGUCGGUUUUGCAGCAGGACUUUGGAGGCUCCAUGGAGCUCUCUGUUUUUAAUGAUGCCAGUAAGGACAAGUCCAUGACUAUCAUUGAAAAAUGGAAAGAGAAGCUGGAAGGUUCCGGCAUCCUCGUGGUCAUUGGAGGGCAUGAUUCUCCUUCUCCCCGAGGAGUUGGAUAUUCUAAAAAUCAAGCAGUAGCACAGAGCUCAGGGUCUUACCUUUGCUUUUUGGAUUCGGACGACGCGAUGAUGCCUCAGAGGGUGAGGCUGCAGCACGAGGCCGCUGUGCGACACCCGACGAGUAUUAUUGGUUGCCAAGUGAGGAGGGACCCCCCCAACUCUACUGAACGAUACACGCGGUGGAUCAACCAGCUGGCGCCUGACCAGCUGCUCACCCAGGUGUUUACCUCCAACGGCCCCACCGUGAUCAUGCCCACCUGGUUCUGCUCCCGAGCUUGGUUCUCCCACGUGGGCCCGUUUGACGAGGGCGGGCGGGGUGUCCCCGAGGACCUGCUGUUCUUCUACGAACACCUGAGGAAAGGUGGUGGGGUCGUCCGUGUGGACCAGAGCCUCCUCCUCUACCGCUACCACCCCAGCGCAGCCACACACUCAGUCCUCGAGACCACCAUCUGGACCCAUCGUGUCCGCUUCUUGGAAGAGCGGGCGCUGCCCCGCUGGGCGACGUUCACCAUCUGGAAUGCGGGCCGGCAGGGCCGCCGGCUCUACCGCAGCCUGACGGCGGGGUCACGGCGCAAGGUGGUCGCCUUCUGCGAUGUGGAUGAGAACAAGAUCAGGAGAGGCUUCUACUGCUACGAGGACUCUCAGGAAAGGCCCAGGCCCCGGGUCCCGGUCCUGCACUUCCGAGCCGCACGUCCGCCCUUUGUCAUCUGCGUGAAGCUGGACCUCACAGGGGGAGCAUUUGAAGACAACCUGAGGUCGCUGCAGCUGCAGGAGGGCCGGGAUUUCCUUCACUUCAGCUGACGGGCCCGUGGCGGCUGCUCCCAGGACUCUCUGCAUCCUUCCAGAGAGGGUUUUGUUCGCCUCUUCUGCCCAGUGUCUAUCAGCACCGCUGGCCGGAGGGCCAGUGUGACCACAUGUCCUUCCGCAGCACUGGGCAGAGACCAAGACAGGUGUGCUCCUUGGGGGGACCUAGUUCUCACUCUCCCUGCUGUGGAGGGUAUGGCUACGUAGGGCCCCAACUGUAUGGGGGGUCUCCUACUAGAUGUGACCCUGGGCCUUUUGCUGUCACAACCACACUUCCCAACCAGCCUCCAGGGCUCAGCAGACUUGGAUCCUGGGGGCUCCACGGCCCUGUUCAGUGGGAGGGUUCCCUGUGUCUGGGAUGUCACAGCCCCACCGCUGCCCUCGCACAUCCUGUUCCAGGCAUGAGGCUCCUUGCUGCUCUCGAGACUCACCCACCUCACUCCCGCUGGGGCCACGGGUGCCCUUCUCUGCCCUCUUCAGGGGUCUCCUGACUGUUCCCUCUACCAGGCAGCAGCCAGCACUGUCCGCCCCGACUACCCUCAGACCACCGCUUUCCACGCUGUCCACCUCUGCUGUCAUCUGCUUCCAGCCAUGUCGUCAGCCACGAGGCGGGAGUCCCCACAAACUCGUCACCUGGACCCAGGUGGGCUCCAAGCGAAGACGGUUCCUAGCCACCAAGCGCCUGGUGAGAGCUGGUGGUGACCAGCGGGAUCUGACGUGGCUGAAGGUGUACGGGGCGGCUGGAUGCUGCUGGCUGGUGGGCUGGCUUGGUUUUCCUCAGGUUUCAAAGUUAAACCAGCACUGAGAGAACUGCUUCAGGGUAUAGUUUCAUUGAUGUGGUAAACUGGCCUGUCUCCACGUCUGAGAGGCUAUUUCUUUGGAAUCUUGGUGGUGGUUUUUCAAAUCACGCUAAAAACAUUGCGUUUUAUUGCUCCUGAAGAGCUCUUUGCUUGGUCUUCGCAGCCGAGGCCCAGGUGCUGCUCUGUGGGCUCCGUCUGCUGCGCGGAUACACGUGGGGCCUCGUGUGGCCGCCCUGUAGGAGCCUUCCUGCCAGCGUGGCCUUACAUGGCCUGAACCUGGCCAUCCAGGACUCCUGACCGUGUGACAACAUCCACCAGCCACAGGCUUCUGGCUAGUCUUCCAUCAAAAAUGGAAAAUUCUCUACUUAUUUUCAAGAGGAGGCAUGUUUUAGGGCCUGAAUGAAGUAAAAGUCAAUCCACAAAGUUAAAACCGCACAUAAGCCUAACAGGGGCUUCCACUCUCAGGGAAGGUCAGUGUUCCCGGCACGUCCAGUGGCUCAACUAGGGCAGAAGAAACUCAUUUAGCAAAGGCAGCAAAAAAACACGUCUCAGGGUGGCACCCAACGCCUACCACGGCCUCCAGCCAUGGACCCAACCGUGCACAUGUCCCAUGAGGGGCAGUCUGUCCCGUGGCCCAGGCACAGCAGCACCGUCCUGGGCCCAUGGCCCAACAACUUCACCGCAGACGUUCUGACCUGCCCGUCCACAUCUCUCCUGCAUCCAGACCUCAACCCAUGAAGCAGCAGGCGGAAGGGCAGGGACGGCCCCAGGAACCUGCCCUGCGACAGCUCCCACAGCAGGCGGCCCGACCCCUGGGCUCUGAGACCAGCCCCUCGGGUGCUCAAGUGGGGGACCUUUAUACACGUCAGCCUCACUGACCUCUGGGCAGGCCAGCGUGAGCGCCAGCCCACGUGGACAAAAGCCGACAACCCCUUCUGGUUCCAGCUCCCCCCGGUGUCAGACACAGACAGACACAGAGCUGCUCAGCACAUGAUUUUAUAAGAUGUG